AUGAAUGUAACGAUAUUCUUAGUUUAUGGGCCACGCCUGGGUUGGACCCAUCUGAUGAUAUAAAUGUUCCGAGACACGAUUGGGCCAAUGAUUUUUGGGAGUAAGCCCAAUUAUUGGAUCCACCGGAGAGGCCCAAACUUAUGGGCUGGGACCCAAUAUUAGAUUUCACUGGGAGAGUCAACGGAGAACAUGCUGAAGGACUGAAGCACAGGAUUCACGUGACGUCACACGCGCCCACAGUCAGUCUCAUUAGAAAUUUAAGUAUGGAAAUGGAAAACGUGUGAGGAAUCAAACCUUUGAACAGGGUUCCGCGAAAAUUCCACUUUACCUAGAGUCAUCAGACUGCAUCCAACUGAAUUUCCUUAAAAUUUAAAAUUAUAAAGAAAAAAAAAAGGCUAGAGAGAAUUAAAUAUUUUCAAUCAUCUUUAUUGAGAAAGAAAAAGGGAAAAAAAAAAAAGAAGUGGGUGCUUAAUUAGAUUUUUUUUUUUUUUUAACGUGACAAAGAGUCAUUAAUAUACAUAUUUUAAAACAAUAUUAAUCCCUAAACAACUAUAUCCAAGUAUUAAAUAGACUUUUCAAUUAAUAUUUUUUAUUAAAAUAUGAUAGAAAAAAUGGUAUGACAAUUAUAUACAGAGCAUUUUAUUUCUUUGAUGCAACUUAUGUGCGGAUGUUAUUCAAAGUUUCAAACUUAGAAAUAGCGGUGUGAACCCCAAAUAAAAAAUAAUAAUUAAAAAAAAAAAGAAAAAAAGAAUGAGGGUCAUGAAGAAGAAAAAGACAAGAGAACACGGGUAAAAAGAUUAAAAAGAUAUACCCAAUAAAAUAUUUAGAGCGGUAGUGGUAAGUGGUAAGUGGUAAGCCCCAAAGAGUAAGCAAAUAAGGAGUGGGGAGGGCGCUUACGUCAUCGUAGGAAUCCCGCGUCAAGCUCGGCGUCUAUGGAAAUAUAGGAUAGAGAGAAAGCCUCAAGAACCUUCCUCUUCUACUCAAUUUGCCCAUUUUUUCCAUUUAAAACCCCCUUUUCUGCUUCUUCCCUCUUCGAUCCUAUCUCCUUCUCUCUCCUGAAUCCAUAAUUCCCACGUCUUUAUCUCUUUCAGAUCGGAGAAUGGAACACGGCCGUUCCGACCCCGAGGAUUGGUCUGCAAACAAUGCGGCCACGGGCUAUGCAUUGAGCGGCAAGAUUAUGCUGAGCGCGAUUGUGAUUUUGUUCGCUGUCGUAGUUCUCAUGGUAUGUCUCCACAUCUACGCUCGGUGGUAUCUGUACAGGACGCGCCGCCGCCAUCAUGCUCGUGCCCGGCGCCGGCAUCAUUUGGUUUUCUACGUGGACCCCACCAACCCAGCCGCCUCCGUCUCUUCUCCGACGCGCGGUCUCGACGCUUCUAUUCUGAAUUCGCUUCCGGUGUUCGUGUACUCCUCCAAGACCCACACGGAUAUGUCUGAAUGUGCCGUGUGCCUAUCUGAGUUUGAGGAGAACGAGAAGGGUCGUCGUCUUCCCAAGUGUAAUCACUCUUUCCAUAUCGGCUGCAUCGACAUGUGGUUUCACUCUCACUCCACUUGCCCCCUCUGCCGAUCUGCCGUCAACGCCGAAACCUCAGAGUCGGCAAGCCGGAAUCCAACCGACGUCGUGAUUUCGAUGGCUGAAACAGAGGGCGGAUCGACUUCCGCUUUGUGCUCCACAUGCCAGCACGACGAAGAUCGCACGGGUCGGCUGCGUACUUCCUCGUCGGUGGGGUCAUCCUCAGUUGGGAGUCGAAGGAAGUCCAGUGAGCUUGCAGGCGUGUCAAUUGAAGUUCCCAGGAGGAACGAGAAUUUUGGACUAUCAGAGGACGAGUCACUGCUGGACUCGCCGGCGACUCGGGUGCAAAAAUCACCAGGAAGUCGUAUACUUUCACUGAAGAGAAUCCUUAGCAGGGACCGAAAAUCGAUGCUCUCUCCUACAUCAGUCCCUGGUGUCAGUUGCGGGUCUGUGACUGAGUUCGAGGCCGACAUCGAGCGAGGCACAGAAGACACUCAGCAGAUUCAGACUCAGACUCAGCCUCAGCCUCGGGCUUCGAGGUGAGUCAGAUCGCUGUCGUGAAUCUCACGCGACGGCUAAUCAAACGGGGUGCACAAAACAUUAUGCGAGUGUCGUGGAUGGGGGCGAUCAUGCGUCCACGUGGCAAAUAUCAACCCGUGGCGGUUUUUCCGCUACCUGUGAUGGCAGGCGAUGUUUGACCUGUAGAUACUGAAGAAUUCAUUUGUUGAUUUUUUUUCUUUUUCCCUUACUAGAAUUACCAAUUUGGCUUGUUCCUUUCGAUUAAUGGUGACGUGGCCAAAAUAGAUAAUUAGAAAAUGAAUGAUUAUCUUAUGAAAAUUUUAAUAUAAUUACUCGAUUUAAUUUAUUUUAUAUGAUUAGAAAUGAAAUUAUUGGAAA